CACACAAGAACCCAAAUCUCAUCGCUCUGGUACAAAACCUCCUGCCCUCUCAUUUUACAUGUGCACCUUCUCCUUCCUCUUACCCCUUCUCCCGGACUUCUCCAUCUUCUAUACAUACACACAUACAGAAUCGUGUAUACAUAUCUUUCCUCUGGCUAUAAAACAACAAGUAUAUAGAUAGAUAGAGAUAUUCAUACAUACAUCGAGAGGAAAAGAGAAGAAAAUGGGAUUACAGAGCCAACUGAACGACAUCUCAUCGGAUUCAAUCCCUCUUCUGGUGGUGGCCAUGAUCGCCGGCGCGAUGAACCAGCUCCGCUCAUUUCUCCACGGCAUCUUCCAAUCCAUGGGCUUCCUGCCCCGACUGGACCCGGACCCGGACCAGGGUCGGUUCCUAGGCUCGGGUCUUGCCAAUCUCGUCGUCCUCGCCGAGCAACUGAAUAUCAACCGCGUUUUCUCCUAUCGCUACUGCUGCCGCGGCGAUGGUUCCGAUUGCGUAGUGUGCUUGUCCACGUUAAGGGACGGGGACCGCGUGCGCAUGCUCGAUUGCCGCCACGUGUUCCAUAAAGAUUGCUUUGACGGUUGGCUCGAUCAUCUCCAUUUCACCUGUCCCCUGUGCCGCACUCCCCUGGUCUCCGACGAGCGCGUGGCAGUCACCCGGCGCCGCGUGGGUGGGGAUUUACUUGCGUGGUUUCCGUUGAGAUGAUGCGCGCGCGUGCGCACCAGGUUGUCUAUUGGAUGGAGUAGUCCAUAGCGGUGGUGAUGAUGUGCACGAUCACGUCGACGAUGAUGAUCACGAUGUGAUAACGGUGGUUUUUAACGACGACGACGAUAGUUUUUACCGUUUUUUAACCUUUUCCAGUUUACAGAGAGUUGGUGGCCGUUUGGACCAUGUGGCUACCCUUUUCUUUUUUUAGUUUCUCCUUUUCUGCUUUUUUAUUUUUGUCUUUUUCUCUUCUCCAUUUUUUUUUUUUUUUGAAGGGCCCUCUUUCGUGGGCACUUUUUUUUUUAACCUUUCAACCGCUGUAAAUUCUUUUCUUUUUUUUUUUUUUUUUUUUACAGUUUUAGUAUUUGCAAUAGGGGUUGGCACCUAUUGUAUGUAAAAACCAUGCUUGGCUUAUGAGAAAAUGCUUCUAGUUCUGUUUCCUCAA